UAAUUCGCCGUCCUAAACAGCUGCGCCACCGCUCGACGCCAGCGCCAACGCCAACGUCAGCUGCACGACGCUACGCCGAGACGACUCGACUCGACUCGAGUCGAUUGUUUGCUUUGAACGUUGCUGCGCAUCGCUCAGAGUGAAUUUGCAUAGGCAGCGAAACGGACGUCGAAGUCGACGCGCGAAGUCGACGUUUCGUCUCUUUGAGUUGUUUUCUUUUAUGCGAAUAAAAGACGCGACGCAUUUUUCAGCUUUUAAUCUUGUUGUUGUUGUGACCAAUUCGGAAAAGUGAUUUUCUUAGUUUUUCCCUAGUCAAAAUGAUUUUCGGUUUGUGUAACAUUAAUUUAUGAAUGGAGAGCGCGCUGACACGACUUAGGGAACAUAUCAAAUUACCAGAACGAGCGACAACAAAAACCACUUGAACCUUCCGAUAUGAAAUAAAUAAUAAAAAAAUAAACUAAUUAAUGUGACUAAAAACGAAAAACUUGGUAAACUAUGUGGAAUACAAGAAAAUAUUAUAACGAGUGCAACAUGACAAGUGAUGACUUUAGUUCCUGCCAAAGAUUACGUAUUGGGCACAAAUUACGAUCCAAUUAUUGUGCUUUAAGUUCCACAUUCCCACAUCUCUGCCUUCUGCUGCUGCUUGGACUUAGUUUAUGCUUAGCGGCUCCAAAAAGCUCCUGUAUACUCUGUAAUAAGGAAGACUUAAUAGCGGCGGGACCGAUAAUAAGCGACAGUUACGAGGAGAAAACUUUCGAUCAUCAGGUGACGCGUCAAGAAGCAAUUCAAGCGCUGCGCAAGUACAAUGAGACACAUCCCACACAAAACUCUUGCAAAUCGAUAAAGUGCACGGCGACGGUGGUAAAAUAUUGUACGGGUCCACAGUUCCUUAACGAUCAUUGCUGGUGCGAGAUGCAGCAUCGAGAUGAGGGACUUCCAUAUGUGCCGCAUGUAUGCUAUGUGGGAGAAAAGGUCUAUAAACCAUCUGUGGGUUCCUGUUUCUUCUUCGAGGAGGUCAAGGAAUGUUGCUGUGCGCCCAUAUUGGUCAAAGAAUGUAAGCGCAAAUGUUAGGAAUCUCAUAAUGGACGAGUUUUAGUUGGGCGACACAUUUCUGGCGCUUCAUUGACGACACCAAAGAUCUCCUGGAGCUGUUUACUGACAUUGCUAGUAUGUCUACUUCAUUGGCGCAUUAGAAGGCGUUACAUUUAUUAAAGUUGAAAAAGAGGGGGCGGGAUCAGGGAUAAUUGACAAACGAUCUAGUAAAACUUAGUCAUAGUCACGUAGGUAUCAAACAACGCAUUAUUUAGCCAUUAGAAAGUGUACUUAGUUCAAAGUGUCCAAUGCAAAUCAAACUAUUAAUAAGUGUAUUAAUAAAUGUAUUUAUUUAAGCGUUAAUAAAUAUAAUAUAAAUUUGUAUAACUAUAUUGAGUUGACGGAGUUGGAUGAUAUAGUUUAUCCAAUCCUAUGCAUAAUAGACUACAUAGUUUAUAGUUUACAUAUUAUGUUAUUUUUAUAUUUUUAUAUAUUUAUAUGUCACUUAAUUAACUAACAGCUCUGUCGACUGCUAUUAUAAUCUGAUGUGGCAUGCACAUAAUACAAAACAAUAAUAAACAAUACAAAAUGUAAACAAA